UUGUUGAUUCGGCGACUUGUUUCUUUCCGCACCGCCAUCGAUCAGGUCAUCCUCGUGGUUUUAGAAACAGACAAAAUUUCUCGUUUUCUGGCCAUUAACGCCCUGCUCUUUAGUUCAAAAUAUACAUUUAAAGUUCAUGAAAUUACCGAGUAAUACAUAACAGUUGAGAAAACACUGCAAUAUGAAUCCCGAUAAAUUGAACAAACUACAGAAUCAAGUUCGAAUAGGAGGAAAAGGUACUCCUCGUAGAAAAAAGAAGGUUGUACAUAAAACGGCAACUACAGAUGACAAAAGAUUACAAAAUUCAUUGAAAAAACUUGCAGUUAACACAAUCCCUGGUAUUGAAGAGGUUAACAUGAUAAAAGAUGAUGGAAAUGUUAUUCAUUUUCUAAAUCCUAAAGUGCAAGCCUCGCUUCAAGCUAAUACAUUUGCUAUACAAGGUCAUGCUGAAACCAAACCUCUGAGUGAUUUGCUGCCUGGAAUAUAUAACCAACUGGAUCUAACAAAUCUUCCAACUAAAAUGCCAGUUGUACCUUCAAGUGAUAUUUCAGCUCUAGAUGAUGCUGAUGAUGAAGUACCAGAUCUUGUGGAAAACUUUGAUGAACCUUCCAAAAAUGAAACAGUAUAAAAGUGUCAAUUCAUCGCCAACCAGCAAUGACAAACAAAAAUAUUUUGCCCUGCGGAGUAAACUACAUACAAAACAUUUACAUUAGAAAUGACGCCAGUAAUAUGCGCGUCUAGGACAAACUAAUUUACAUAUCUUUAUUUUUUAUUUCAUUUAUUUUUCAUUAACAGUUUGGAGAGUGGUGGUACUGCUAA